AGAACAAACAAAGAAUACAGUCAAAUUCACGAGUCUUCACUCAAACUCCUCCUAUCCUAGUCAAUUUUCAACACUCAACUGUCGGUCGGUGUUGCGAGCGAGCGUGAUUCCUUCAAUCUCUCCGCCCCCACCCUUCUCUCUCUCUACUCUCUCUCCUCCGACAAAAACACUCCAAUUUUCCGCCAUCACCGCUUUCUUCAAGCCCCACCAGUCCCCCUUUUCACGCUCUCUCUCUGAAAUCUAUUCAUGUUUGAUUCGAUUUCUAGCCACUUUUCCUUUUGUUAUUCGGUUUCUACUUUGCUCACUCAGCCAAAUCUUCUUCCAUGAUGACUUUGAUUUGUACAUAAAUUCUCUACAUUUUUUUUAAAAUUUUAUUUUCUUAUAAAGGGUUUUUGUAGUUGAAACGGAACAGAAGGGAAUGGUGAUUCCCAGGAAGAUGUUUAAUUUUUUAGUGAGGAAAGAUGUCAGGAAAAUUCUCAAGCGUAAGGACAGUGAUGCUGGUGAGAGAGGAAGAGCACUGGAGGAACUGCGAGCUUCUUUGUUUGGCAAAUUGCGUUUGUUUGGAAGUUCAAAGCAGCAACAACUGGGACCCACUGCUGCUCUUACGUUCAACUUUUUGGUUUCCGUUAGCAUUAUUUUGAUGAACAAAUUGGUGCUUGGCAAAGUCGGGUUCAACUACCCUAUUUUCCUCACUUUUAUUCACUACAUAUGUAGCUGGUUAUUGAUGGCUAUUCUAAAAGCUCUCUCUAUCCUUUCUGUAUCUCCUCCGUCAAAGUCAACAAAGUAUUCUUCAUUAUUUUCUCUUGGUAUAGUUAUGUCCCUCUCUACUGGCCUUGCUAAUGUUAGCUUAAAGUAUAAUAGUGUUGGUUUUUAUCAGAUGGCUAAGAUUGCUGUAACACCGACAAUUGUUUUAGCUGAAUUAAUUCUGUUUCGAAAAAGAGUUUCUUUCCAGAAGGUGCUAGCACUUACUGUGGUAUCCAUUGGUGUUGCUGUUGCUACCGUAACUGAUCUGCAGUUCCAUUUCUUUGGUGCUUGUAUAGCAGUAGCAUGGAUAAUACCCAGUGCUGUCAAUAAGAUAAUGUGGUCCAAUCUUCAACAACAGCAGAACUGGACUGCCUUGGCGUUAAUGUGGAAGACAACACCAAUCACUUUGUUCUUUCUAGUGAUUUUGAUGCCGUGGCUUGAUCCUCCGGAUGUCAUUUAUGGUGUCAUUACCUAUAAUUGGAGCCUCUAUAACUCGGGAAUUAUUGCCAUGUCUGCUUUCCUUGGCUUUUUGCUUCAGUGGUCAGGUGCUCUAGCUCUAGGGGCAACUUCUGCAACCACCCAUGUUGUUCUUGGCCAGUUCAAAACUUGUGCCAUUCUUCUCGGAGGCUUCAUUCUAUUCGGCUCCAAUCCAGGCACAACUAGCAUCUGUGGAGCACUGACGGCUCUUGUUGGUAUGUCUUUCUACACUUACCUUAAUUUACUUCCCAAGCAGCAAUUGGCGAAAGCAACUUCAAGACAAGCUCCGUACUCAUUACCAAAAUCUAAGCUCAGCAAAGAAAACGGGGACACUUAUGAGGGAAAUAAUGGCGAGGAAUGUGUCUAAUACUAGGUUCGACUGCGGGAAGGUAAACCUUUAUACAUGAUAGAAGUUUCCACUAACGUGGUUGUUUUAUUUUAUUUUAUUUCUGAUUUAGAAUUUUUGGCCCUUAGUAUUUUGAGAAUAGAAUUCUUGUUGGUGUCAUUAAGUCUGACUACUAACCUGUGAAUGUCUUGAUUACCGUUGUUGGAGCAAUGUAAUCAUAUCUUUGUGGGACAAGCUGUUCCAAAUGGCUUGUGUGCGUAUCAUUCUAAAUCUGUCAUGAAGGUCACUCUUAGAGUGUACAUUGUCUAUACAAUUAUAUGAUCUGGAAAUGUUUACCUUUUUAUUUUUUUCCCUUUCAAAGCCGCUUUAAAUGUUACCUUACUGGGAAAGGAAGGCUUUUGAAUUUUCAUUAAUGUCACCAAAAUUUUGGUCCUUGUAAACUUAUUUUACUAUGAACUUUCACAUUCAUCAUAUUGAUCCUUGUAAAACA